GCAAGUCUCACCUGGCUAUAGUACAAAGAGUAAACAAUGAAGGAGAAGGGGAUCCUUUUUAUGAAGUCCUGGGAAUUGUCACUUUAGAAGAUGUGAUUGAAGAGAUCAUCAAGUCUGAAAUUCUGGAUGAAACAGAUCUAUACACUGAUAACAAGACGAAAAAGAAAGUAGCUCAUCGGGACAGGAAGCAGGACUUCUCUGCCUUCAAGCAGACAGACAGCGAGAUGAAGGUUAAAAUAUCACCGCAGCUCCUCCUGGCAAUGCACCGGUUCCUGGCAACAGAAGUAGAAGCAUUUGGUCCAUCCCAGAUGUCAGAGAAGAUCCUUCUCAGGCUGCUAAAACAUCCCAACGUCAUCCAGGAGCUGAAAUAUGAUGACAAGAACAAGAAAGCCCCAGAACACUACCUCUACCAGCGAAACAAGCCUGUUGACUACUUUAUUCUCAUUUUACAGGGGAAAGUGGAAGUGGAGGCUGGGAAAGAGGGGAUGAAGUUUGAAGCUGGUGCUUUUUCCUACUAUGGGGUGAUGGCCCUCACAGCAUCGCCAGUUCCCUUGUCCCUGUCUCGUACCUUUGUUGUCAGCAGAACAGAGUUGUUAGCAGCAGGUUCUCCAGCCGAAAACAAGUCUCCACCUCGGCCCUGCGGCUUGAAUCACUCAGACUCUUUAAACCGAAGUGAUCGCAUCGACGCAGUGACACCAACGUUAGGGAGCAGCAACAACCAGCUGAAUGCAUCUUUCCUCCAAGUGUAUGUUCCAGACUACUCAGUGAAAGCAAUCUCAGACAUUCAGUUUGUCAAGAUCUCAAGACAGCAGUACCAAAAUGCCCUGAUGGCAUCCCGGAUGGACAAAACACCUCAGUCCUCGGACAGUGAAAACACUAAAAUCGAACUGACUCUUACGGAGCUGCAUGAUGGUUUGCCAGAUGAGACAGCAAACCUGCUGAAUGAACAGAACUGUGUGACUCACAACAAGCCCAACCACAGUAUGCACAGUGAAGGAGCCAUCUAGGAGCUGACUCCCCACAACCCACCCAUCCCAUCUCCUCAGCAGGACCAGCCCUCGCUCCUUCCUGCCUCCUCCCCGAGUGUGAACACUGUUAGUAUGUGCUUGCAACACUGUGCUGCAUCCAGUGUUCUGAGACCAAAGACAUUUGUGUCCGUUGUGGGAGCAGAAAAGGAAGAAACAGGAAGAAAGGAGCAAAGAGCAAGAGAGAAUAAAGCCCCAACUGUACUCUGGGAAUGGUGAGCCACCCUUCAGAAUGAUGAAAAUAAUUCUUGCAAAAUAGAAUUGUGUUUAUUUUUUAUCUGUAUUUUUGAUCCUUGUUGGGUUUUUCCUCCUCAAACACAUAUGGAGAAGUUUAAAAGCUCCUCCAGUUAUUUUUUCAAGAGAGAUCUUGUUUUUAAAAAGUAUUUUACAGAGUUUUAGAUUGUUUCUGUCCCUCCCAAA